GUAUAGAGAAUAUGUUAGUACCCAUAAAAUGAAGUAAAUGUACUAAAAAUAUUCAAUCAAAUUGCUGAUAUCGUUAAAGUGAUUGCUCUUUCUCAAUAUGCCCUAAAUUUUAUAGGUUCUUCAGCCAUUGUAUCACUAUAAAUGUAAAUAAGCGUAUUGCAUGUUCAAUUGACUUCUUUUAGUCUGAAAUUGGGUGAAUAUCGAUCGAUAAGCAGUGCCGUUUGAACAUGUCUGCGUCAAAGAAAGACCAAACAAACGACGGUGACAAGAAUGGCAGGAAACGUAAUCUUCCUUCAUGGAUGAGUUCAAGACAAGCCUCAAGUGGUUCAGCUCAGAGUAACGAAGCCGAGAAUGAAGCAAAAGUUUCUACAUCGACUUCGAGCGGUUCAAAUUUCUCAAAACUUAUGGAAGGGGUUGUAUUUGUGCUAUCAGGUUUUGUCAAUCCCGAGCGUGGUACAUUAAGGUCCCAGGCUUUAGAAAUGGGAGCCAAGUAUGAACCUGAUUGGAACUCGGGUUGCACACUCUUGAUCUGUGCAUUUCCCAAUACACCAAAGUUUCGGCAGGUUGAAGCAGAUAAUGGAACAAUUGUAUCAAAGGAGUGGAUAACAGAGUGUUAUAAAGAACGAAAACUUGUUGAAAUUGAAACUUACCUUAUGCAUGCUGGCAAACCAUGGAGGUGUCAAAGUGUCUCUCAUGAAUCCAGCCAAGGUUACCUCUCUCUGUCUUUGUCUAUCCUCCUCUCCCCCAUCCCACCCCACGCCAAACACGCAGACUAUUUGUGUUUUAAACAAGGAUGGGACUCAUUGAACUCAAUAUAGUGAAUGAUACUUCUAACUAACCCAUGUUUCAGUCAUAAUAGAGAUAGGGUAGAACAUUUGUCAAUGCUGAAAAUUGCAUAGACAAGUGCAAGAGACACCUGAGAUGAAUUUAAAUGGGGAAUAUGGUUAGUGAGGAACUGAGGAUUCAUAUAGCGGACCCCUACUUGUUUGAGGCUGAGGCUUGUUAAGCGCAAGAGACUAUGUCUUAGUCCACCCUGUCCACAUUUAACUUAUGGU